CACGAACUGUGGCUGCAUUGCUGCCGGUCAAGCUUCUCUGCCUCGUGCCAAGAGCAUCGACAAAUAACUGAUAUCUUGAGAGCGAUGGCUGCAGAUACGCCGAGUCCCUCGUUUCGAUCUCCAGAAGGUCCCGAGCAGCAAAACCUUUGAGAAUGAAGCUUCCCCAACUCUCCGUUCUGUCAAGCUUCUGCGCACUGCUGACGCUGCUUGGUAGCGGCGCUGCCAAUUCAGAAGAGGCACCACAUGCCCGGCAUCUCUCUCCUGUGCCGUGGCAUCCAUCAAAAGAGCCCUCACGGUUGUUGAAAUGGACCACCGACCCGCAACAUGCCUGGUGGGACAAAGCGCUCUUCAAGCGGGACGACACACCAUCGCAGGCAAGCCCGGUCACCCUGCCCACGAAAUGUCAAUACGUUGCCGCGAACACCCAGUCCGCGUGUGGUACCGGCUGUAUCUGCGGCACGUCGUGCACCUCCAUCUACAUAUGGAACCAGUCGCGGCCGGAGCCAAGGCCGCAGUAUCACAUCUGCACCAACUGGAACCUGAACCACGGCUACCAGCUCCGCGCGGGUUUCCAGGAGGCCGGCUUUGCGAUCGUGCCCAACCGGACCCAAUGUGGAUGGCAGAAAUUCGAGGGCGUCACCGCGCUGCGCGUUGGGCGGGGAAGCAUCGACGUGAACGGCACGGAGGAGCAGCCUUUCGGCGACCCUUACGAGCUGGCGAGGAUUGAGCAGGUGAUGCGGGAAGAAUACCCCUUUGUCGAGAUUAUCAUCAUUUGCGCUACGCUGGUUGGUCCGAUUUUCAUGUUUGCAGGUAUUGGUGGAUGGUGUAUCUGGGCUCAGAAGGAUAGAACGGUGAAGUACAGAAGACUGCCAACCGCUUGAUACCCGAAGCAGGCCACGAACGGCGACAUAUUGCGACUUGAAUCGACUUGUACAAAGCAGCGUUUUAGAUUUUAUUUUACGUGGACAUGACUUUGUACCAGCGCAGACGCGCUUCCAUAGAAUUUAGGCCUAGAGAGCUAAGCGGGAGACUGAAAUUCGUUCAUCAUUUGCACAUGAGCCGCCUUUUAGACAACGAAGUCCUUGUUUGCAUCAAUGCUGCUUAUCCGAAAUAGCGCUAGCAUACGUAACAC